UGAUAGUUACGGAAGAGAAUUAGGGCCACAUGGGAAAAGAUUUUAAAUUCCUUUUAGUUUGGAUGCUAAAUGGAUUGUAAUUAUAUGUUGAUUUACAUUUAAAAGUCAUCCAUUUACACCCCUUUAAUCCAGAGCAAGGGGCCACCUGGAAGGGUCAAACACUUGGCCAUCGGGGAUCCAUUUCAAAAUAAAUUUGAGUAAAAGACAUGUUUCACUCACCCUCCUGCUUUACUGUUAGAGGAGGAACCCCAGUCAUGUGUGUGUGUGUGUGUGUGUGUGUGUGUGUGUGUGAUGGAGGCAGCUGAUGACCUGGAUGAAGACGAUCUUAUGCGCUACGAUGUUCAGAUGAGCAUCCAGGAGUCGGUUCAGAGGGAGCGUGUAACGGGACCAGAGAGAAGUGAGGCUCUGGAGCUGGUGGGGGCCAUCAAACAAGGAGACAUGUUGGCUCUGCGGCAGCUCUGUAAAUUCCCAGCAGCCUUCAAUCAGCUGGACGAGCGCGGCUGGUAUCCUCUGCACCGGGCGGCGGUGCAACCUCUGGUUCUGGUCCUGGAGACGGUGCUGUACGCGUCUUUCCGUCUGACUCUGGAGGAAAAGACUCCGGAGGGUGAGACCUUCCUGACUUUAGCGGUCGGAGAUGGUUUGUUGGAAAAUGUGAAGGUGCUGCUGGAGCACGGAGCGUCUCCUCACCUGACCAACAGCAAGAAGGAAUCCCCGCUGCUUUUAGCGGUGAGAGCCGGAUCCUAUCAGAUGGUUUCCAGUCUGAUAGCUGCAGGAGCUCGGGUGGAGCAGGUGUGUCUGAAGAAGUGGACGGCCAUGCACGAGGCCUCCAGAGCCGGCUUUGUGAGCGUCAUGGAGCUCCUGCUGCAGAAGGGGGGCCAGGUCUCAGAGACGGACCAGUACGGAGUCACUCCUCUGGGCAUAGCUGCGGAGUACAGGCACUCCGGAGUCCUGGAGCUCCUCAUCGAACACGGUGCUGAUGUGAACGCCCAGGCACCAAAUGGCGACAGCGUCCUGUACGACGCCGCAGGUUCAGGAGACCCCGACUGUCUCAACGUCCUGCUGCAGCACGGAGCAAAUCCCAACGUGCACAACCUGAACUCCCAGCUGCCCAUCCACCACGCCGCGUACGAAGGACACCACCUAGCUUUGAGGAUUCUGAUCCCGAUCACCACCAGACGGGCCCUGCGUGUCUCCGGCCACAGCCCCAUCCACUCUGCUGCUGACGGAGGCCACACCCACUGCCUGGAGCUGCUGCUGCAGAAAGGCUUCGACGUCAACGCACAGUUAGCCCCUCACAUCUCCGACAACUAUGGAGACAUGAGGAGAAGCCCGCUGUACUUCGCCGUGUCCAAUGGGGACGCGACCUGUACUGAACUUCUGCUCAAGUCGGGGGCCAAUCCCAACCUGGACCCACUGUGCUGCCUCCUGGUGGCGGUCCGGUCAGGGCGCUAUGACAUUGUGAAGCUGCUGCUGGCGGCCAAAGCGGAUGUGAACUGCUACUUCACGGUGCUGAACGACACUGUGUUUCCCACGGCGCUGCAGUACUGCCUGAAGGACGAGGCGAUGAUGAGGCUGCUGCUCAACCACGGCUACGACGCUGAGAAGUGUUUCUGCUGUAACCACGAGGACGACUGGGACCAACUGAGCGAGGCUGGGUACUCACAAGAUCAGGAGGAGAAAGUUGCUUUCUGUGAUUUUGUCAGCGUCUCAUGGCUGGACAGCCUAGUGGGCCGAGUCGUGUCGAUCCUCCUCGAAUACGUGGGUCAGGUUUCCCUCUGCAGCAAACUGACAAAGACCCUGGAGGACCACAAGGAGUGGCCUCACAUCCACAGGACACUAUGUAACCCUCGGUCUCUGUCUCACCUGAGCAGAGUGGAGAUCAGGAAACACCUGAGCUGUAGCAGCAUGAUGUCCGCCCCGCUGCCCAACAGGCUGAAGGACUACCUGCUGUUCAGAGAGAGCGACCUGUACACCGAGAUCCUCUGCAGGGACGACCGUGGGGACGAGGAAAUCCUUCACAUUCAAUGAGCCUUUAGUGUGUUUAUGUAAGCAUUAUCUUAAAGGUCGUUAAAGGUCCAGAUCUGGACUGUAUUUCUAUCCUUUCACAUGGUUUCAAAGGGCCAUUAACUCAGAUUUUUCCGCUCCAGGCUGCGUAAAGUAAACACUAAAUGUCUGUGGUUAAUCACUUCUUCACUAUGUGACAUGACUCAGAUUUCCUGGAUUUCAGGUGAUUUCUAAGGUCACAUUUCAAAAAGUUGUAAAUACAUUUGUACUGUAUGUUAUUAAACUGUAUGUUAAUAUAA